AUAAUAUGUUGUGCUUCUAACUAAACUAGUGAAUACAAACUUUAGUAAAACUUCCUUGACAGCUAAGGUGCUCACAGUCACACAGUUGUAUAACCUCAGAGCUUAUACUUCUAGUCAAGUGUAAAAGAUCUGGAAUUCAUAAGUCACUCUCAACCUAGUUUUAAUUAAGCAGGUAAACGAGUUUUCCACGGCAGCCAACUUUCCUUUACUCUCUGUUAACCCUUUCUGAGGAGUUGUGCUUUUAUAUGACCCUUUCAAUCUAUUGAUUCCAUCUAUCAAUCAAUCUAUCUAUCUAUCUAUCUAACUCUGUCUAUCUGCCUGUCUGUCUGUCUGCUUGUCUGACUGUAAGGCUAUCCAAUGCGAGUUAGUUCCAUUAGAACACGGUAGAAACCAGAGGCACCUGGUAGACACAAGAAUAUUAAGAUGGUGUUUUGUCGAGAUUUCCAUCAACUGAAUUUGACAUCAGCACAGAUUUGUACCUUCAUCAAGAAUGUCUCGGCUUGUCAUGACAAUUCUGCCUGGUUUCCAUACAAUGAAAUUCUUUACUGUCAGUUUGCAGACUACAUCGGUUGGGGAGUCUUCUUCUUGAUUGUCUGGUGGUUGUUGUUGUUCUUGUUUUUGAUGAUCACUUCUGACCAAUUUUUGUGUGAGUCAUUGCAAGUAAUUACAAAAACUUUACACCUGUCUCAGAAUAUUGCUGGUGUCACCUUUCUGGCAUUUGGAAACGGUGCCCCAGACAUAUUUUCUUCCAUUGCAGCUGUGAAAAACGCCAAACAUGGCGAUGCCAGUUUAGCAUUUGGUGCCUUGUUUGGUGCUGGUCUGUUUGUCACAACAGUCGUUGCUGGGAUCAUUUCAAUAAUAAAACCCUUCAAAUUAAUGGAAAGACCCUUCCUAAGAGAUGUUGUCUUCUACAUGGUAACGCUGUUUUUUGCCUUUUAUAUUCUCUGGAAAAAAUCCAUCACAAAAUACGAAUGCAUAGGUUUCAUCCUGCUCUAUGUAACGUACACCUGUGUCGUCGUCAUCAGUCGCUACAUCUAUAUUUGGCUGAAAAAGGAGGAGAAAUGUCCAUUACUCGACUCCGAUGAUUCCUCAACCCAAUCUGACAACUCAGAGAAAAAUGCCAAAGAGUUCUGUGAAGCUGUCAACAAUACAGAAAUGAGUGGGAGCACCAGUGAUAAGGAAGAACUUCUAAGUGAUGAUGAAGACCAUAACCCUUUCCAAGAUUUUCUCAGGGCAAUAAACCCCAUGGAACAUUGUGACUAUGCAGAGGCUCAGUGGUACUGGAAAGCUUUUUAUAUUUUAAAGGCUCCUUUGUUAUUCAUUCAACUCCUGACCAUUCCGCUAAUAAGUUACGAAAGACCCAACAAGGGAUGGAACCGACAUUUAAAUUCCUUGCAUCUCAUCACAGGAUCCUUGUUCUUUGUGUUGGCCACUAAUCUCCAUCACACAUACAUCGGUCAUCUGCCAGUGUUAGUGUUAGCACUGUUGAUUGGGUCGGUCCUGGCAGCCAUCGUUUUCUUCACGUCUUCCUAUACACCCCCAACCUAUUACCCAGCAUUUAGUUUCCUCAGCUUUCUGAUGUCUGUGUUGUGGAUCUACUUGGUGGCAAACGAGGUUGUCAACCUGUUGAUAACGUUUGGUAUUGUCUUCAACAUGAGUAAUGUGGUUGUAGGGGUAACAUUCUUGGCCUGGGGCAACAGUCUGGGUGAUCUGAUCACUGACAUCACCAUCGCCAAGAACAACAACCCCCGAACUGGUAUCUCGGCCGUGUAUGGAGGACAAAUGUUCAAUCUUGUUUUAGGAAUUGGGAUUCCUUUUGCAAUUUCUACAUGGUCAAGACAGGAAGAUUUUGAACUGGUUGUUACCUUCAAAGACUUCCUGCUCGCUGCUUUCCUUGCCUUCACUUUGCUCUCGACCUUCGUUUCGAUGCCAAUUCUCAAGUUCAAAAUGAAUCGUUAUUUUGGAUGUUACCUUCUGGUUCUUUAUGGAUUAUUCAGUGUGAUCACCUUGUUGAUUGAGAUUUCAGUGAUACCAACACCUGUGAUAAAUUAAUACUUUGUCCUGUUUUCCUUGAUUGAAUGUGUGUGUGUGUGUGUGUGUGUGUUUGUGUGUGUGUGUGUGUGUGUGGAGGGGAGUUAUUCUGCUUGCCAAUAAUGGCAGGAAUUGAAAGGAAUCAACAAAUUUAACUGUCCAACGAGUUUAAAAAUUAUAAUCCUGGGGGUGUAAAACCAUGACAAAAUUUCGGUUCUAAUUUGGAACUAUUUCACUUCACUGACAACACCAAUGCCUUUGGGAAACAGAUGAAAAUCACAGAUCUCUACUUCCUACAAAAUGUUUGAUCCCUUGUGCCAAUGUAACAAAACUGUGCCUAACAAAUAUGACCGACUCAAAUGAAAUCAGGGAUGGCACAAAGGUGCCUCUUCUUUACAUUACAACCCAACAUUCAGAAGAAGAUACCAAACGACUGCCAAACUUUAUCUUCUCCAGUGAAACAAAUAAUAAAUAAUCCUAAUGUAUCAAUUCUAAAAUAAAUGAAGGUUGUGGGGACAACAGAGAAAUGUGAUGUAGGAACCAUUUUGAUACAAAACCUCGGAUAUUGUAAGGAGUCAUUAAAUAUGCAAAGCAGAAUUGGGAAAGAAGUAAUAUUUCAAGAAAGGAAUUGCAAGGUUUUCGUUUUCAAAUGGAAUCGACUUUUAUAUUUUAAUAACGGCUCUUGUGCAUGAAAAUGUGAACAUUAUGUAAAAUAAAUACUACACACACACACAUACAUACACACCCUGUGUGCCCCACCAUGACUAUAAUCCCCAGUCCCCCCAACUUUGACCCCCUGCCAAUACCUGGGAGUCUGGCCAAGAGUUUGACCAGAACAUACGCUAACACACCCACAAACAAACGCACACAUCCAAACAUGGCAGAUACAUAACCAAUAGACUUUUUUUCCACUAGGCUCAAUAUAAGCUCCCACACAUAUUGAACCCCUGCACACACAAAGGCCCCACGAAUUUAACCAAAUACAUUAAAGAAAGAAAACACACUAACGAACACAUAUGCGUAUGCCCACACCCCACACCCCACUGCAAAGGCUACACACACUCCAUUCCCACAAGAACACCAACCUUAAACUCAUUUCCCACCAACUUUUCCAGAAAACUCUUGCUGAUUCGCAACAAACCAGCCCCAGUGGUGAUGGUUUUUGUUACCACAGACGUAACUUAACUCAAACCCCCGAUCGAUUCAUUUCAUUAUCUUUUUCACAGCAAUCACAAACCAGAUAUGUUUAUUCACUUCCAACAAUAAAGAGCAAUUGGCAUAUUUCAUUCCAUAAUGACUACCUCUGAUGGGUGCAGGGUUACAAAACUGGACUCUUACCCAACGCACCAUUGAAUCCCUAAUGCAAAAGUGAUUGGUAAUUAAUGGCUUACUAGUGCAAACGACCAAAUUCUUCCUGUUAUUUUCCCUCCAUUUUCUUCUUGCAUAUGUAUAUAUAUAUAUAUAUAUAUAUAUAUAUAUAUAUAU